AUUGAAAACUAGGCAGCAUGGUCUCCGACCUUAGCCUCUUCCACAACAAACGUACUAGAAAAAAAACUUAUAUUUUUGCAAUGAUAAUAAUAUAUAAUUAACAAAUGUUAAUUGUAUAUUAUUCUUAGUAUCUCUAUAUAGUUUGUGAUUUUGUAUUUGUUCCCUUUAAUAAUUACAGGAUAAUACAAAUUUCAGUUUUAAUUCAAUUUAAAAUAUUUAGUAAAGAACACUACAGCAAUAAUAGUGAACUCUGAUUUUAUUACAACAUUGAAAACAAAUGGGAUCAGAAAAGGAUCCACUUGUUAGCGAGAGGUCAGGAACGGUUCGAGAAGUAGGAAAUCAUGCAAUAUGGAGUUUGUCUUCUUGUAAACCAGGCUUUGGUAUUGACCAAUUACGAGAUGAUUGUAUGGAUACAUAUUGGCAGUCUGAUGGCCAACUACCUCAUCUAGUCAACAUCCAAUUCCAAAGAAAAACAAUGGUCUCACAUAUUUAUAUUUACACAGAUUACAAACUCGAUGAAAGCUAUACACCAAGUAGAAUAUCAAUCCGAGCUGGAACACAUUUUAAUGAUUUGCAGGAGAUUGAGGUUAUUGAGCUUAUAGAACCAAGUGGGUGGGAAAUGAUACCAAUCAAGGAUAUGCAUGACAGGCCUAUCAGAACUUACAUGAUCCAAAUUGCAGUGCUAAGCAAUCAUCAAAAUGGACGGGACACACACAUGAGGCAGAUUAAAGUUCACUCACCAUGUGAACCUACAUCAUUUGACAUCAACAAGUUCAGAAAUUUCUCUACAGUCCAAUUUCAACAAUAUGCCACAAUUCGAUAAAUAUUUUGCAAGACAAAAUUCAUCAUAUUAAUAUAAAUUAAAAAUUAAUGAUAUACUUAAUAAAUUACUCUUAAUUAAAAA